UAAAUUGAGUGCAAAAUACAUACAAAACAACAAACAUUUCAUUCAUUGAAUCCACACUUUCUGGUGAUAAUCAACGCAUACCACGGAUCAGAUCACCGCCUAAGACAUCGCGCACACAAGUCAUGGCAAACCUAUCGGCAAAACUGGACUCCGUUUUGUCCAUCGAUGAGAUCGAGAAGACAGGCACUCAUGAGGUGGUAGACCACGUGUUUAGCGGCACUACGUGUGGUGAUGAGCGUGUGUUGGCGGCGACCUCGCAGUUGCAUCAGAGGGCGCAGGAGAUCCGUCACCAACGGGUCAAUUGGCAGUCGUAUCUCCAGUCGCAGAUGAUAUCCCAGGAGGACUUCCAGUUCAUCACGCAGUACGAGUCGGCUACCGGUGCCGACCAACGGAGUCAGCUGUUGGGACAGUACGGCGAACAGUGCGCCCAUACAUUCAACUCACUCCUCGGCCACAUCAGCAAAGACCAGACCAUUCAAUACAUACUGUGUCUCAUCGACGACAUGGUGCUCGAGGACAAGUCGAGGGUCGAGGUGUUCAAGGAGUACUCCAAGAAGAAGAAGCAGUCCGUUUGGAACACAUUCCUCAACCUCUUGAAUAGGAACGACACGUUCAUACAGAAUAUGGUUAGCCAUUGGGAUCCGUUUCAGUGA